GGUAACACCAAGGCAAAAGUUUGACAACCCCAAUGGAGCAAAGAAACAUAGAGCUCAUUAUUACCGUCCAUUUCUUUGUUUUUUCUUCUUUGUCUACAAUCUUUCAUUAUAUAUUUCUAGGCCAGCAGCUUACCUUUUUGUCCACACUUCAUUUUCCCUUCUUUAUAACUCCUACACAUUGUCACCUUUUAAAAAACUUCAAGGCCUCCAUAACUAGCCACAGUUCAAGCAAGGCUUGAUUUUCCAAUGGCAAAGACAGGGCGACACAUGGCGAACAAAAGUCUAGAGAGUCUUUUAGAUACGGACAAAUCAGCCGCCGCAGUUGGCGGAGGAGGAAGGAAGAGUAAUGCAAUGGCGCCGCCUGUGCCUGUAAGGAAGACGAUACCGAGUCAUGGGUUCGAGUUCAGUAACCUGUCUUACAGUGUUAUCAAGAAACAAAAGAAAGAUGGUGAGUGGAUCAAGAAAGAAGCUUAUCUUCUUAAUGAUAUAUCAGGUCAAGCCAUGAGAGGUGAAGUGAUGGCUAUUAUGGGACCUAGUGGUGCUGGGAAGUCCACGUUCCUUGAUGCUUUGGCUGGUCGGAUUGCUAGAGGGAGUCUCCAAGGUUCUGUCAGAAUCGAUGGCAAGCCGGUAACUACAAGCUACAUGAAGAUGAUUUCGUCCUACGUAAUGCAAGAGGACCAACUUUUUCCAAUGUUGACGGUUCAAGAAACCUUUAUGUUUGCGGCUGAGGUGCGGUUGCCACCUUCUAUUUCUAGGGUGGAGAAGAAAAAACGAGUCAAUGAGCUACUCAGUCAAUUAGGCUUAGAGACUGCAGCACAUACAUAUAUUGGGGAUGAAGGAAGAAGAGGAGUAUCAGGAGGAGAGAGGCGAAGGGUGUCGAUUGGCAUCGACAUCAUUCAUAAACCACCAUUGUUAUUCCUCGACGAACCGACAUCUGGUCUCGACUCUACGAGCGCUUAUAGUGUGGUGGAGAAGGUGAAGGACAUAGCUCGAGGUGGUAGCAUCAUUCUCAUGACCAUACAUCAACCUUCUUUUAGGAUUCAAUUGCUAUUGGACCGUAUCACCGUCUUAGCAAGGGGUAGACUAAUAUAUAUGGGAAGCCCAGCCUCUCUCCCGGCUCACCUUUCCAGUUUCGGAAGACCAGUUCCUGACGGUGAGAACAGUCUUGAAUAUCUCCUCGACGUAAUCAAAGAAUACGAUGAAUCAACCGUAGGACUGGACCCUCUCGUAGUGUACCAACGUGAUGGUAUCAAACCAGACCAAGUUGCACGAACACCAAUUCCAAAAACACCCAAAACACCUAAAACACCGAAGAACAUGAAAACACCUGGUUCUAGACAUGCUAUUAGCCUACGCAGUAAUGCUUUCUCUGUUACAAAUCAAUCACAGUCCGGCCGAUUUGAUUACAACGAAGAUGAAAAAGAAGAAGAAGAAGAAGACUUUGAUUACUCAUUAAAACGGAAAUCAUCCCGGUGGCAACCUCAAACUCCAAUGAGUACUUCACACAGUGGUGUUUACCCACGUUUGGCUUCUCAAUUCUAUAAAGAUUUCUCCGUUUGGGUUUACCGUGGUGUCACCGGAGCUCCUCGUCGUGCACCGUCAUGGACACCGGCAACAACUCCUGGUGUAACACCGGCUACAACUCCUGGUGUAAGAAGCUAUGUUUCCAGCCGACAACAUACAAUGGCUCAGCCCCAAACACCUUCACACUACUGGAAGACCCCGGUUGCUUACAGUCCGUCGUACGAAGAAUUCAACAUGGAAGAAGUGUUGGACGAGCCGGAACACGGCCCCAAGUUCGCUAACCCAUGGUUGAGAGAAGUUGCAGUGCUGUCGUGGAGGACGGCGCUUAACGUGGUUCGUACACCGGAGCUCUUCCUUUCCCGGGAAAUCGUAUUGACGGUCAUGGCGGUGAUUUUAUCUUCUCUAUUCCAAAACUUAAGCCAUCACGAUUUUCAGACGAUCAACCGGUUGUUAAAUUUCUACAUCUUCGCCAUUUGUUUAGUCUUUUUCUCCUCCAACGAUGCCGUCCCGACUUUCAUCCAAGAACGGUUCAUCUUCAUCAGAGAGACCUCUCAUAACGCUUAUCGUGCGUCAUCUUACGUCAUCUCUUCCCUCAUCGUCUACCUCCCGUUUUUCGCUAUCCAAGGCUUUACCUUCGCCGCCAUUACCAAAUACUGGCUUCGCCUACAAAGCAGCGUCUUAAACUUCUGGUUAAUCCUGUACGCUUCUCUAAUCACCACCAAUGCUUACGUCAUGCUGGUGAGUGCACUCGUCCCGAGUUACAUUACUGGUUACGCCGUCGUAAUCGCUACCACAGCUCUUUUCUUCCUCACUUGUGGGUUCUUUCUUAAAGGUAACAAAAUACCCAUUUAUUGGAGAUGGUUACAUUACAUUUCCGCCAUUAAAUACCCUUUUGAAGCUUUGUUGGUGAAUGAGUUUAAAGAUAAAGAAAUUUGUAUUUCCGGUAACCCAUCGGAUCUUUCACCGGGACCUUUAGGGGAGUUGAAACCUAGUGAUUUGCACCUUAAAAACAAAGCACUUGCAGAUUGCACCAUGAUCGGAGAAGACGUGAUAUCAUCCAUGGGGAUUAAAUUGGAGAAUCUUUGGUAUGAUAUCCUUAUAUUGCUAGCUUGGGGUGUACUUUAUCGCCUGUUUUUCUACGUGGUUCUUAGAUUUUAUUCUAAGAAUGAGAGAAAAUAAAAAAACAGUGUAA